UCUCGCCACCUCCAGCAACACCUCUUCCUCCUGACACGCUCCUGCAGCAGACUGUGUCGCAGACCAUCCCAGACCCCUGCAGCAGACCCCUGCAGCAGACCCUCCCAGACCCCUGCAGCAGACCCUCCCAGACCCCUGCAGCAGACUCUGCCCUUGCAUAACGCCUUCAGUGCGGUCAACACCGCCCUCAGAUGUCCAGCAGGCUGCUCCUCCUCCAGGCGGUGCUGGUGGCGUUGGUAGCCCUGGUCAACGGCAACUAUGGCUACACUGGUCAUCGUCCAGCCCAUGGCUACUCCCAGGGGUGUCCGACUGAGUACGUCGAAGUUAUCGUCACAGAGACGCAGACAAAAACAGCCACGGUGAGGCCAGCGGGAAGCGUCACGGCAACGGUGACGUCAACGGCAACGGCAACGACAACGGCUACGACAACAACUACGGCAACAACUACGGCAACUACCACUGCCACGGCAACAGCAACAUCCACAGCAACCGUGACAGCCACGACAACAGCAACGGCAACAACUACGGCAACAACGACUAUAACUAGUGCGACAACAUCACUGGUGACGUCAACGGCAACGGUAACGGCAACGGUGGCGACAACAGUGACGAAGACGCAGGUGUCGGUCAGCACAAUGGUCAAGACCAGGACCGUUACUCUGUUGACCAACGGAUAUGGCGACAACAACGACGGCUUCAAGCAGCCAGGCUACAGCUGGUGAAGACCAGGGCCCCCCACCUGCCUCCAGGGGCUCCCUGGCUCGCCCCUGACCCUCCUCCGCCGCCCCACCUGCCUCCAGGGGCUCCCUGGCUCGCCCCUGACCCUCCUCCGCCGCCCCACCUGCCUCCAGGGGGCUCCCUGGCUCGCCCCUGACCCUCCUCCGCCGCCCCACCUGCCUCCAGGGGCUCCCAGGCUCGCCCCUGAUCCUCUUCCGCCGCCCCACCUGCCUACAGGGGCUCCCUGGCUCACCACUGACCCUCCUCCUCCGUCUUGAAGGUUAUCUUUGAGUUCGCCCUUGCUGGAGGGUUUAUCAAAUAGUACUGGGUGGUAGAGCGACGGUCUUGCUUCUUGCAGGGUCGGCGUUCGAUCCCCCGAUGGUCCAGGUGGCUAGGCUCUGCUCAGUCAUUCUGUCCUUAUACCCCAGCUCUUAGUCUGUCCUCAUACCCCAGCUCUUGGUCUGUCCUCAUACACCCAGCUCUUGAUCUGUCCUCAUACCCCAGCUCUUGGUCUGUCCUCAUACCCCAGCUCUUGGUCUGUCCUCAUACCCCAGCUCUUGGUCAGUCGUCAUACCCCAGCUCUUG